CUAUGGUUUUCUUGUGACUAGGGUUGUCAUGAUCUCCUAUUAACUGAGUGCUUAUAAUGCUCUGACCUCCUUUUAACUGGGCGUUUCAAAAUUUGGGUUGUCAACAAGUUUUCAUGGAAGACGUAUGAUUUUGUGCUUUUAAAACUAUAAGAUCAUGGGAAACCUAUUCUGUUUAGUUCAAGUAGAUCAGUCCACAGUAGCCAUCAAGGAAACUUUCGGAAAAUUUGAUGAUGUUCUUGAGCCAGGUUUACAUUGUGUCCCUUGGAUUUUCGGAAGUCAGGUUGCUGGACAACUCACACUAAGACUUCAACAGUUAGAUGUCAAGUGUGAGACCAAAACAAAGGACAAUGUUUUUGUCAAUGUUGUAGCUUCAAUACAGUAUCGUGCCCUAGCUGAUAAAGCAAGUGACGCCUUUUACAAACUCAGCAACACAAGGUCCCAAAUCCAAGCUUAUGUUUUUGAUGUCAUAAGAGCUAGCGUCCCAAAGCUCAACCUAGAUGAUGCUUUUGAACAAAAGAAUGAAAUCGCCAAAGCUGUUGAAGACGAACUUGAAAAGGCAAUGUCUGCAUAUGGGUUUGAGAUAGUUCAAACUUUAAUUGUGGACAUAGAGCCGGAUGAGCAUGUUAAGAGAGCAAUGAACGAGAUCAAUGCAGCUGCAAGGUUUAGGAUGGCAGCUACUGAGAAGGCUGAAGCCGAGAAGAUACUUCAGAUAAAGAGGGCUGAAGGAGAGGCUGAGUCGAAGUAUUUGUCUGGAUUGGGUAUUGCACGACAAAGACAAGCAAUUGUUGAUGGUUUAAGGGACAGUGUGUUGGGGUUUUCAGUUAAUGUUCCUGGGACAACAGCUAAGGAUGUUAUGGAUAUGGUUUUGGUUACUCAGUAUUUUGAUACAAUGAAGGAAAUUGGGGCUUCAUCUAAAUCAUCUGCUGUGUUUAUCCCACAUGGACCUGGUGCUGUUCGUGAUGUGGCUGCUCAGAUUCGCGAUGGUCUUCUUCAGGGUAACGCCACUCACUGAUUGUUGACUGUUUUCAUACAGUUUUUUAUGGUGGUUGACUUUGGGUCAUACAGUUUUUUAAUGAAUGUGUUUAUAUUGUUUAACUUUGUGAGUUUGUGUAUGCUUUAUAUUGUUGAUAUGGUAUAGUAGGUUUUGAAUUUGGUUUC